AUGUCGCUACCAGGUCUAGAACUAACCCAGCCGUCGGAGGAUAGAUCGCAGGCCGCCGCACCACCGUCGCAGAUCAACCUGACCCCGGGCUCGGAAUGGCGCUUUGAGGUUGCCUUUGGGCAUGUUAUCAAGGUCAAACUUCUCAAUGGAACCGCAGAGCUUUUCGGGACAGAACUCGCCGAGUCGCAAACCUACACCUUCACCGGCACAAAGGCGGCAAUCUUCACUUGGCAUGGCUGCGCACUGGAGGUUAGCGCAGCAGAGACUAUACAAACCACAUCGGACGGAGUUUCGCCAACAUUUGGUCAUGGUGCGGGCGGAUGUCACAGCGAGUACACAGCCGAGGAAACGCCAAUGGUAGAAUACGCCAAUGUCCACUUCGCGCUGGAGACGAUGCGUGAGGAGGCACUGUCAAUUGGCAAAGACGGUCCACGCGUGCUACUGCUUGGCUCUGAAAACAGUGGGAAAACAACCCUUGCUAAGAUUCUGACUUCCUACGCUACCAAGAUUGGCCGUCAGCCACUGGUUGUGAACCUCGACCCGACGGAGGGUAUGCUCGGCGUGCCUGGCACAUUGACUGCGACCGCUUUCCGAACAAUUUUGGAUGUUGAAGAUGGCUGGGGAAGCAGCCCCAUGUCCGGUCCCAGUCCGGUGCCGGUCAAGCUGCCUCUCGUGUAUAGCUACCCCAUGCAGAACCCACUAGAUGGGGAGGGCAGCGUCUAUAAACCAAUUGUUUCGCGCCUCGCACUCUCGGUCACGGGCCGUAUGGCCGAGGAUGAAGAUGCGCGGGAGACGGGAAUCAUCGUCGACACUCCUGGUAUCCUUGGCUCUGAUAAACCAGGCAGCAUGGAUUUGAUCAAUCACAUCGUUACCGAAUUCUCAAUCACUACAAUCCUCGUCCUGGGCUCGGAGCGUCUCUACAGCACUGUGGCCAAGCAAUACGAUAAUAAGCCCAGCUCCAGUGCAACAGCCGCCGUCUUUGACGAGCAAGUCUCAGUCAUCAAGCUCUCCAAAUCAGGUGGCUGCGCUGACCGCGACGAAGCUUUCCGAAAAGCAACGCGCGAGUCCCAAAUCCGCACAUACUUCUUCGGCAAUCCGAUGCCCUCAUUAUCCCCCGCCUCCACCAUCACACUCUCUCCCCACGCACAGCAACUCGAUUUCGCCACCCUCCCGAUCUAUAACUACACCAUGCCCUCCGCUGACGAAGAGGACGAGGACGACUACGACCCCUCACAACUGGGGACUGACUUCCUCCCUGGCGGAGGUGCAGAAGAUUACGCCGAACCAAAACAGGACCCCGAUCGUGCGGCCCCUCUUCCCGGCGUGGUAGGCUCUUUCUCCGAGCCUGUCAGCGCCCCUGAAAAGACCGACAGCACCGUUCCUCUGAAGAAAGUUCUCGCGCCUGCGCCUGCGGCUCUCGCCAAUACCCUUCUAGCCAUCACCCACGCUCCGGCUAACGCAUCGCCUUCCGAAGUCCGCGACGCGAGCAUCAUGGGUUUCUUGUAUGUUGCUGACGUUGAUGCGGAUAAGGGAAAGAUUCGGGUUCUUGCGCCGGUUGGUGGCAGAAUGCCACCCCGUGCUAUUAUCUGGGCUAAGCGCUGGCCAGGUGAGUUGGUUGGCCUGGUUGGUUAG